AUGUCGAUUGAUAUAGCACAUGCCUUUCUAUCCAUAUUUGUCUGUCUGGUGUGGUGUUUGAUGCUCUUAGGGUUAGCCAUUGUAUUUGAAUGUCAACCCGAAUUUUUUUUUCUUUCUCUUUUUCAAUUCGAUUCAAUUGGAAUUCCAUUCAUUCCAUAAAUUCCAAAUUUUUUAGUCCAUCUUUUUAGUGUAUGCGGCCUAGAAUUAUUCGGAAAAUAACGAAUGCUUUUUUAUUCAGUGUUGAAAUCGCGUUGGAUGAACAAGUGAAAAAAACAAUGUUCAACAUUGCCAUGGCUACUAAUCCUGAUCCGAAUAAUACAUUCGGUAUAAUCGAUGUUGUUGCCGUUAAUCUCGAAUGUUUUGGCCUAAUUAUCCUUGGAUAUUUUGCACGUAAAUUUCAUCUAAUCGACCAUGGACAAACUGCCGGAUUGAAUGUAUUUCUAUCCUAUUAUGCACUGCCUGCUUUGGUAUUCUUGGCCAUUUCUUCGAUAUCGUUAUCGGAUGUCAAUGGAACAUUUGUACAGGAUAUAUUUCUAUCGAAAACAUCAAUUUUUCUCACCGUAGCAAUCAUAACAUUUAUUUUGUCAUAUAAAUCAAUGACACUACCUGCAGCAAUGAAACGUUCAGCAAUGUUUGCAAUGUUCACCACCCAAAGUAAUGAUUUUGCACUUGGUUAUCCAAUAUUGCAAUCACUGUAUGGUAACUCGAAAACUUCAUUUACCAAUUACCUGUAUAUUUUGGCACCAAUUCAGCUUCUCAUUUUGAAUCCAAUUGCAUUAUUCUUGAUUGAAAUUAGUCAAAUUCUUGAUGAACAACAUCGACAACAACAAUCGAAUAGUAAUUCUUUAUGUUUAAAAUACAUGUCAACUGUCAAACGAAUUGUUCGAAGAAUAUUCAUCAAUCCAAUUAUUUUAUCCACAUUAUUGGGCAUUGUGGUCAAUGUGGCUACCAAUGGUCAAAUUCCUAAAGUUUUCGUACCAUUUUUACAAAGUUUAUCCCAAUCUUUUUCACCAAUCGCUUUAUUUUUGCUUGGUUUAAAUAUCAACAAUGGUAGUACCACAACUCGUCGUCCAUUGAAAUUAUUUUCACAACCAUUACUCAUAACAUUGAUAUUGGUGGCCAUAAAAUUGUUUAUAAUGCCUCUAUUGAAUCGUACAAUUGUUCAACAUGUUCCAUUGUUAUUUGGCCAUCAUUAUCAUCAUGAAUUGUUGAAUGAAACAUAUUCAGAAUUUGCAUUUCUUUAUGGUACAUUUCCAGCUGCACCCACAGUCUAUAUAUUGGCCAAUAUCUAUAAUGUGGAAACAUUAAUCAUUUCAGCUGGAUUAGUCAUCUCGACUUUGUUGUCGGCACCAAUUAUUUUUGUAUCAACAAAUAUGAUUCGAUUCUCGAAACAAAUUCAUUAUGAUCAAUUGAAUGAUGAUCUCAUGCAAACAAUAUUCGCUGCCAGUGUUAUCAGUCUGUUUGGUUCAAUACUUUUGCUGUAUAAUUUCUAUUUAACAUUUCGUUUACGAUCAAUUAUACAUCGUUGGUCAUUUAAAUUACUCAUUGGUCAUAUGAUGCUUAUUAUUGGUGGACUUUUAUUUCGAGCAAAUGACCACUAUUCAAUCAACAUUAUGAAUGUUGUGGACACAUCAUCAUCAGCAGCGUUUGGUUCGACCAUUUCUGUUAUACAAUACUUUCUUUUUCAAAUUGGUUUCUUUACAAUGAAAUUAUCACUCGCAUUUCUAUCCAUAACGCUGGUUUUUCUAUAUGCUCGUAGUCUUUGUUUUGUAAUCAAAAUAUCACGAAUAUUCACGAUGAUAAUGUUGAUCAUUUUACCCGUUUAUAUUGUCAUCAUAACAUUUACCUAUGGACAAACAAUGAAUGGUGGUGGUGAUGAUGAUUUUCUUAUCGAUCUUUAUUAUGGAAUCAAUACUGGUCAUCUAACUAUAUCGAUUAUAAUGUCAUUCCUGACUAUUAUAACAGCACUUGUAUCAUUUAUAUUGAUUCAUCAUUAUAAAAAUCGUAUUGAAUAUGAAAGACAACAACAGAAUGAUUUAGAACAAUUGCUUGAUGAUCAAAAUGUUGACAAUCAUCAACAAUCUAAUUCAAUAAUGAUUAGACCUAGUACAUUGGCCAAUAAUCAUCACCAUCAAUCGUUAGAUGUUGAAGAUUUAUAUCAAAACAUUGUGGCAAGUCGUACAAGUCUUGCGAUUGACAAUGGCGAUUUCUAUAAAGAACGUUGUAAUGUUCAUUGUCAUUCACAAUGCACUACAAUACAAACGGGUAAUGCUGCUGUUACUGUUGAAUCAUUGGAUUCGAUUCCCAAGAAAGAUUGUAGGGAUCGUUUAAUAAGAUAUAAACACCAGAUUGAAAUGGCAAUGGAAGCUUUUGAAGAAAAUGAUUCUGGCCAAUUAGAUAAUGGUGAUUUUCAUCAAAUACAACAGCACUUAUAUUUGGUUAUGUUAUCAUUAUUGAUCGUGGUCAUUCAUUCCAGUAUUGAAUUGAAUCAUUUGAUUGCCGAUAAACCAAAUGGUAUUCUUGUCGAGAUGAAAUUUCUCGAUAUAUUACUUGUAUUUAGCCAUGGUUUCAUAAUGUUCAUAAUAUUCGGUUUGGAUGCUGAAAUCAUUUUGGCCAAAUUACGUACUAUUCGUCGGAUGAUUUGCUGCGGUUCAGGAAAUUCACAAGAAAUUUAUCUUCCACCUGCCGAAAGUUUAAAUGCUGAUACACGAGAAUUUUGUCGCCGUUUUUGUCGUGAUUAUCGCGAACAAAGUAUUAGUGAUAUUACAUUUCGUCUUUCGAAUAAUCGUACUGAUGAUAAUGAUAAUCAAUCAAAUUGUAAAUUAUAUUUUUGUGGUCGACAAUUGGUCGAUUGGUUAAUGGCCAAAAAUUUGGCAACGGAACGUUCUGAAGCGAUUGAUCGUUGUCAUCAACUUUUAUAUGGUCGUGUAAUCGAUAGUCGUAAAAAUAAACCAUUAGAUCUUGGUCUUUCAUUACGUUUGGCUAACAUUUCAUUGAAUAGCGAAUUGAAUCUUGUAUUAGAUACGUCGCGUCAGAAAUCUACCAAUAUUGAUCUAACCAUUGUCAUUCAAUUUGCUGAUAAAGCCAGAAAAAUGGGUCAAUUCAAAUCGGAUCAAACAUUAUGGCAAGUGAUCAAUCAGCUUUUCACUAGUGACGAUAUUCCCGAAUUGAAUGAUUGUGAUCAAUAUAUAUUUUCGAUUAAUUAUAUGAAUAAACAGUUUGAUGGUCGUACGGUUCUGGAACAAACACGAUUAAAAUCACUUGGCCUACAAGGUCGUGUUAUUCUACGUUUGAAUUGUCGGCCAGCAAGUGAGGUUCGACCUAUGCAGAAAUAUGUAGAAAAUAUUCAAUUUAAAAAGAUUGAAAAAGAAAUUGUCAAAGUUGAACAACCAGAACCUAUGCAAUGUACAAUCGAACCAAAGAAAAUGAACGAAGUCAAAAUAGACGAUCCAAUUAUGCCGGCCGUCGUAGUAGAGCCUAAACCUCCACCUGAAAAUAAAUCUGAAGAAUGUAAAACAGUGGAAAAAGUUUCGAAUGUUGAAGAAAAAGUAAAGCCAAAUCCACCAGUUGUUAUUGAACCAGAAAUCCAUUUACUUGGUGGAGAAAAUGAAGAACUGCUUUAUUCAUUGGAUGAACAGGUACAAUUCGUUGAAGAAGAUUUACCGGCCGAAUUUUUCGAACAUACUGCCAAUGAUCUAAAACAUUUACUCGCCGAACUACGACGACAACGAUCGACGAAUGAAGUAGAAUUGGAAACACAACAAUUACGUGCAAAUCGUGAACAACAAAAACGUCAGCAAUUCAAACAGACUAUUCUGCGUAUCAUUUUCCCUUAUGAUCGAUUGGUUAUGCAAGCUGUUUUUAAACCAACUGAUUCGAUUGAGUUGGUAGCCAAUGUAAUCGGUAAAUAUAUCCGUCAAUCGAACAUUGAUUUAUUUGUAGCACCACCAAAAACUAAAUUGGAUCGACAAUCAAAUCUUUAUGAUGUAAAAUUGGUUCCAUGUGGUAUUGUCUAUUGUACAUCCAGUAAUGAUCAAAAACCAUUGAUUAGAGAUGAAUUUCGAAAUGUUUUAACAACAUUUUCAAAUGUUGCCAUUCAUGCCAGAAAUAAAACGAAAAAAAUGUAAAAUAAAAUAAAAAUUCUUAUUUUUCAUUUCUAAAAAACCAUAACAAGUUUUAAAUAAAUUGAAUUAAUCGAUUGUUGAGUAUCGAUAGCGAAA